AUGGCCCCCGGCGCCCUCGACCUCGACGCCCACGAGCAGCCCUCGGACCAAAUGAAGGCCGAGUGGAAGCACUUCUCGCGCCUCGACCAAAACGUCCUCCUCAAAGCGACGCCGCUCGACGACCCUCGGCUUCCUAUCGAACACAGCGGGUUCUGUGUGUCGGGACAUGUCCCGCGGGCGCAGAUAUCAGAGGCCUUUUCUCACUUGGGGCCUGAAUUUGCGAAAGAGGGCGCCGAUGAUGGCGAUGCUCCUAUUUUAUAUCAUCCUUUGCUUCCAGCACAACAGAACUUUAUCAUAACCACAUUACAAUUACAAUGCUUCCAAACCCAUCUACUGAUUCAGUGCCUCCUCAUCCUCCCCUCCCUCAUCCCCCCCUCCAUCCAAACCCACCUCCUCAACACAAUGAUCCACCGCGACCUCAGCAACCCAACCCACCAAACAAACCUCCACCUCCACUACUCCCUCCCCUACCCCCCCUCCUCAUCCUCCUUCUUCUCCCUAUCCCCAGACUCCCCUCCAACGUUCCUCCCCAAGGACCCAGCUGUCCACAACCCCCUUUCCAUCAAGCAGGUUCUCCAGCGGCGUCUCCAUUGGGUCACCCUCGGUGGGCAGUACGACUGGACGAAUCGUGUAUACCCGGAAGCCCCCCCUCCUGGCUUCCCGGAUGAUUUGGCUUCGUUUUUAAAGGCUUUGUUUCCGGAGACGCUCGCUCAGGCUGCUAUUGUCAAUUUUUACACCCCGGGGGAUACGAUGAUGAUGCAUAGAGAUGUCAGCGAGGAGAUUGACAAAGGUCUCGUCAGUCUGAGUUUCGGAUGCGACUGUCUCUUCAUGAUUGCCCCCAGCCGCAGCGCCAAUGACGAACAAGACCAAAACGACGAACAAGACCAAGACCAAGGAUCAGAACAAAACAAAGACCAAGAGUCAGAAAAAGACAAAGACGAAGAGAAGAAGAAAUAUCUCCUACUAAGACUUCGCUCCGGAGACGCCAUCUACAUGACCAAGGAGUCUCGCUACGCAUGGCACGGCGUGCCAAAGGUCAUGAAGGGCACAUGUCCCGACUACCUAGCAAAUUGGCCCGCCGGAGGAGAAGACGGAGAGUUUGAUCAGUGGAAGGGCUGGAUGGAAAACAAGAGAAUCAACCUAAACGUGAGACAGAUGAGAUGA